AUGUCGAAGGAGCGCGAGCACUUAUACUUACACGAAAUAGCGAAACGAAGUCGAAAUUUGAACAAAAAGAUUGGGAAAUAUGUUCUUGAAGUAUACGACGUUCUUGAAGUAAUUGUUAAGGAGUACAUGGAGAGGAAAAGAAAUGAUCAAACAGGAAACCCUUCGCUGAUUUCGAUACUGAUAGAACAUUUUACAGCCAUUUUCUGGAGCCUAAAACUGCACUUGAAGUUCCAUCGUGAUGCUACUGCAACAUCUGAAGAUGAUGCCGAAGCAGAUAAGAAGCUCAAGGACAUGGCCAGAUGGGAAUUAGUCUGCUUGACUGCCGAUGACAUGAAUGAAGACCCAGACGAAAAAAAUGUCAUUGACCCUGGGAGUAAAAUCUUGGAAAUCGUAAGUAGACAUAUCAGAGAGCUCUUCAAUAUUCAUGCUGAGGACUCAUAAUCUACGAAGGGUGGGUUAAUAUUCAAAUUCAUAUUCAUCUAUUCUGUGAAAAACUUUUUUUCUUCAUUAAAAUAAAAAGAUUACUAUGAAUUACACAUCGUUACAGUCGUAAAAGCUCUGUAAGCUGGCAUAAAGAGUUUUUCCCCGUGGCAAUGGGGGGUGGGGGACAGACUGAAAAAAAAAUCAUCUCCGUCGCGCUGUCUUCUUUUAUGGUAUACACAACUAGAUUCUACUGAACGCGUACUCUCACUCUGUGAUAACUCUUGCCCGAUGGCUUCACCAGAAUUUGGACUGAAUUGGAUGGGUGUGUUACACUGCUUUAGCUAAGCGAACCCUGCGUUGUUAGCGCGAUGUUUAAGAUAGCAAAGGCUCGAUAUAUCAGGAGACGACUAGACAUCCAUUAACAGCCACGAAAAGCGAUCCAAUCUUAAGUCAUCUUUUGAUGUGCUCACAACGAAUUAAAAACAUAACGUUAAUUAUCACUUUGGACCAAGUGCAACUCUCACAAUGGCUACACUGGUUUAUUUUCAAUAAAGUACUUAGAUGGAGUUGAAUAACGAUGCUUUGGCAUUGAUUAGUCGUUCGAAGCUCCAAAAAAUCAUUACAAGUGGACUAAUUUCAUCUGAGCUGAGCUAAGUUUUAAAUAUCUUUUAGGUUAGUGUCAUAACAAGCAGUAAAGACCUUCCGGAAGGCAGUAAAGCCCAUGCCGAUGAAGUAAUGGCACAAGUAACAGCUCUUUUUCGUAGCUUUAAUUCGCUCAAUGUAUUUAAACCGGAGGCUUUAGCAGUGGUUUCACAUAACAACAAGAGCUUCGUUGGCGCGUCGAUAGCAGUAAGUAAUUUCCUACGGCCUCUCUAUUUGCACAAAAGAAUUGCUGAUUUCAAAAAGCCGCGUCUCAGAGAGGCAAUCAUUUUCCAUCAGCCUUUAAAUACAGAAGAUACGCAAGAUUGGACAUCGGAAGCAAUAAAUAUCAUGGGCACCUACAAACCUGCAUGUACAAAUUGCCGAAGAACUUUUGAAAGGUUAAAUGGCUUCGUACCUGAGACAGAGCCGGUAGAUGGCAAAAAUCGCACAUUCCUCGGGGCAUGUGCCGAGUUCUGUCCUGUUGACAAACUUCUUCACGAUGAGACAAAUGCAAGUGAUGGUCAAGAAAUAGGUAAUCGUCUUCGGAGGAAUUUAGAGCGAUGUUUAACAUACUUUACGAAAUUUAAUGCAAUCAGUAAACAGUGCCAAGAUGCUGAGGAUUCUAAAGACAUCCAAAAAAUAAGAGAGGUAUACACCCAAAUACAUCCUACAGCUCACAUUUUUGGUCGAAUACCAGACUGUAACGACAGGUUUUAG